GUUGAAGUGUUGGAAACUCCAGUCUCUAAAGUUUUGGGAAAAUCAACCAGGAUUUAUACUUUGUCAAGGUGACCCACUGAGUUCUUCAUUAUGUUUGAUGGAGACUAUGAUUACCUCAUCAAGUUUUUAGCUCUGGGAGACUCGGGAGUAGGGAAGACCAGUGUGCUUUAUCAGUACACAGAUGGUAAAUUUAACUCCAAAUUCAUCACAACAGUCGGCAUUGAUUUCAGGGAAAAGAGAGUGGUGUACAGAGCCAAUGGGCCAGAUGGAGCUGUUGGCAGAGGUCAGAGAAUCCACCUGCAGUUAUGGGACACAGCUGGACAAGAGAGGUUUCGUAGCUUGACAACUGCCUUCUUCAGAGAUGCUAUGGGCUUUCUUCUGCUUUUUGAUCUGACAAAUGAGCAGAGUUUUCUCAAUGUCAGAAACUGGAUAAGUCAGCUGCAAAUGCAUGCUUAUUGUGAAAACCCAGAUAUAGUGUUAUGUGGAAAUAAGAGUGAUCUGGAAGACCAAAGAGUAGUAAAAGAGGAAGAAGCCAGAGGACUUGCAGAGAAAUACGGAGUCCCCUACUUUGAAACUAGUGCUGCCAAUGGGACAAACAUAAACCAGGCAAUUGAGACGCUCCUGGACCUGAUAAUGAAGCGAAUGGAACGGUGUGUGGACAAGUCCUGGAUUCCCGAAGGCGUGGUACGCUCCAACGGUCACACCUCUGCAGAUCAGCUGAAUGAAGAAAAGGAGAAGGGGUCAUGUGGCUGUUGAGGGGGCUAGUGAGCUGAACAGCCAUUCGAGGGGCCCAUGUCUGUGACCUUCCCUAUAGUGAUACAUGACUCAGAGAGGCAAACAGGCCUUGCAUACAAACUGCUUCUCACCAUCCCAAUUAAACCUAUCAGUAAAGCAUCCCGUUUUAAAAUUACUUUGCUGCAGCUUUGUAAAUAUUCUUUAAGAUUCAGCCUGAGAGUUAGGCAAAAUAUCUCACAUAGCCAAAAGUGCCUUAUAAAACAUUAGCCCCAUGGCAGUAGAUCAUUCAAGGAUUCAGGAUUUUGUAGCCACAGAACAGCACAUUUAUGACGUAGAAUGACUGAAGUUAUCAUCCCUGCUUUA